CGUUGACGCCGAGACAACAUCACCACCUUCCUCCCCUUUCCGUCAGCUCCGCCUCGAAUUCUCAUAUUGCACUGGGGCCUUCUCAGCUGGCACCUUUGUUGGACGACAAAAGAAGAGACUCACCCGGCCAGUUCACGGAGUCUCUUCGUACCGAGACUAGCCGCCGAGAUGAAUAGUUCCCUUCCCACCUGGAAGGAUCGGACGCAGAACCAGUUUGGCAAGCUUCAGAUCCAAGUACCAUGGCGUUCCAUUCAGCUGCUGGUUCCGCAUCGCAUGCGACGGAAGAUUCGUUCGAAGCUGCGCAGCAGACUUUCUCCGAUUUCGUCGAUUUCGACGCUGCAGACGUCUUUUUCGCCCGUCGACACCCUUCGAUCACUGCAGAGCCAUCGGUGGACGUUGUAUGACUUCCAGUAUCUGCUCCUGUUGAUCAUCGGGAUCUUCUCCCUCAGCAUGAUGGGUGCUCCCGGGCCAUUGGCAAAAACAGCCGUCUUCACCCUUCUCCUGAUCUCGCUGCUGCUUCCGAUCACUCGCCAAUUCUUUCUUCCCUUUCUGCCUAUUGCCGGUUGGCUUAUCUUUUUCUACGCUUGCCAGUUCAUUCCUAGUGAUUGGCGUCCUGCAAUCUGGGUCCGCGUGCUUCCGGCCCUGGAAAACAUCUUGUACGGUGCAAACAUCAGCAACAUUCUGUCUGCUCACCAGAAUGUGGUUCUGGAUGUGCUUGCGUGGAUUCCGUACGGUCUGUGCCAUUACGGUGCGCCGUUCGUCUGCUCGCUCAUCAUGUUCGUCUUCGGUCCUCCCGGCACUGUCCCGCUUUUCGCCCGUACCUUCGGUUACAUCAGCAUGACUGCCGUCGCUAUUCAGCUCUUCUUCCCAUGCUCUCCCCCGUGGUAUGAGAAUCUCUACGGCCUGGCACCGGCCGACUACUCGAUGCCCGGUAACCCCGCCGGUCUUGCCCGCAUCGACAAGCUCCUUGGAAUUGAUCUGUACACCUCGGGCUUCAGACAAUCACCCGUCGUGUUCGGUGCCUUCCCUUCGCUGCACGCGGCGGACUCGACGUUGGCUGCCUUGUUCAUGAGCCACGUCUUCCCGCGGCUGAAGCCGUUGUUCGUCACCUACACUUUGUGGAUGUGGUGGGCAACAAUGUAUCUGUCGCACCACUAUGCAGUGGAUCUGGUUGGCGGUGGCCUGCUGGCCACGGUCGCGUUCUACUUUGCGAAGACCCGAUUCCUCCCGCGUGUCCAGAGUGACAAGACCUAUCGCUGGGAUUACGACUACAUCGAAAUCGGCGACUCAGCUCGCGCCUAUGGCUACGACUUGGCUAGUCUCGAUGGCGACUUCAAUCUCGACAGUGAUGAGUGGACGGUUGGAUCCUCCUCCUCGGUGUCCUCCGGCUCCCUGAGCCCUGUCGAUGAUCAUUACACAUGGGAAGGAGAAUCUCUGGCUUCCCCGAUUACCGACAUCGAGUCCGGAAGACAUAUCAUCAGCCCUUGAUAACCGUUCCGACGUGCCACCAACACCACACUGCAUAUAGCAUUCGCUUCUUGCAUCUAUUUAUGAUUGGCGUUUAACAUUUGACGACAUGCCGGGUUUAUUGCAUCGAGCCAAUUUCGACACAUAUAUCUUUAAUAUCGAUCCCGUUUCUCUGUUCGGCCAAACUUAUGGCUGACUCUUUUGGAGUCUGUCACUCGAUGGCUUCUUCUUCGCCUCUUUGUACUAUCACCACAAUACUUUGGUAGCCUCUCCGCUUCCUCCAGUCUAAUCUCGGAGCUCCGUCGGUAAUAUUAAUGCGCAAGGCCCGGCAAUCUCUAUUCGGAUCACGCCGGUGUCUUGCUCACGACGCUCGCA